AUGUUCAGACUGAGCUCGCGUGCACGUGUGAGCCACGCGAUCAUCCAGUCUACACGAUGUCUGAGUGAUGUCCGACCAUUCGCCGCCGACGAUCUCGUUCUUCUGCGCAACAAACGCGAUCGAGAUGCUCCUCCAAUCCUGCGAACACUCCAGCCUGGCCGAAAAAUCGAGAGUCAUCGAGGCACCAUACAACACGACGACAUCAUCGGCUCGCGACCGCGCGACAUUGUGAAAGCAACAACCGCGAAAGCCAACAAGCCUGCUACCGACUUCCGCCUGCACGCCGUCACUUUGCACGACUAUUGCAGACUGAGCAGAAGACUGGUAACGCCAAUCUACCCUGCAGAUGCAAACCUGAUAGUUUCGCUCUUCGAUCUGCAUCCCGAUGCUGAUGAAGAGCCAAUUGCCAUUCUCGAGGCUGGCACGGGACAUGGCGCUUUGACUUUACAUCUCAGCCGUGCCAUACAUGCCGCGAAUGCGAGCAAAGAAGGCCCUUUGACCGGAGGCAGUCGGAGGGCAGUCAUUCAUAGCAUUGAUGUUUCACCCAAGUUCUCGGCGCACGCCCAGACUGUCGUGGAAGGGUUUCGAAGAGGCAGGUAUGCCAACAACGUUGACUUCCAUGUGGGUGAUGUCAGCGAGUGGUUGAGAAACAGACAAGAGCUAGGUCCACAAUUUUCGCACGCAUUUCUUGAUCUUCCACAGUCGGACAGACAUUUGUCAGCUGUCACGGAGGCAUUGCGGACGGAUGGUACACUGAUCGUAUUCAAUCCUUCCAUCACACAGAUCACAGCGUGUGCAACCAAGGUCAAGGAGGAAGGGAUAUUGCUGGACCUCGAAAGAGUUGUAGAACUUGGAGUCAAUGGUGGCAGUGGAGGACGAGAUUGGGAUGUCCGAUUUGUGCACCCCAAAACGGUCGUCGAGGAGCGGUCGGAAUGUGAGACUGAGAUCGGAGACAGUUCUAUUUCUGAUCACGACUCAGACUUCUCGAGCACUGCGCCAGACGAAGCCAUCUCCACCAGGAAAUGGGCCAUGGUGUGCCGUCCAAAGGUCGGUGAACGCAUCAUUGGCGGCGGCUUCCUGGGUAUCUGGAAAAAGCAGCGUGAUCUAAAGACUUAAGUAGAUAUACUAAGUAUGGUCAUUCACCACCACUUUUCUAU